UACUUAGUUUUUAAUAUACACUUUUAUUGAAUUUGCUCAACUACAUUUACUCAGUUAAAAUGGAACAAUACCAUCGAAAAUUGAUUAACGAUUGUAUGCCAAAAUUAAUAUGUGUUACUUCUACUUUAGAAACUAUUGUUGAUAAUCUAUUAGAAAAAAAUGUUAUCAAUGAAUGGAUGAAAGAUUAUAUUUUGGAACCUCAAGGGGAUUCAGUCAAAAAAUUAUACGAAUUAAUUCAAGGACGGGGACCUAAAGCAUUUACAGAUCUAUGCGGAGUAUUAAAAAAAACAAAUAACCUAACAGCUUACAACAUUUUAACAUCCAAAACAAGUGAAAAAUACAAACAAAAAUUAAGUUCAAUUGAAUUACUCGACACAACAUUUAAUAACACCAUAAUAGAAUGUGAUGUCCCAUAUGUAAAAAUUCAUCCUGAACGAAAACAAAUGAAAAAUGCUGAUCCACUUAUUGGUAUUUAUCCCAUGAAUUCAAAUCCUAAGGGUCAUGCAUUGAUUUUAAAUAUUAGUGAUAUAAAAAAUAAUGAUGACACAACAGGAAUAGAUGUUAACAUGACAAACGUAAAUAAAUUAUUUAAAGGCCUAGGAUAUAUUAUUCACACAAAAGCAGAUGUAACUGAAAAAAAUAUUAUAAAUGUUAUUGAUAUCUUUGUUGAUAUAUGCUAUAAAGGAAAAGCUAACUCUAUUGUUGUUUUUAUAAUGUGUCAUGGUUAUACUGGAAAAGAUUCAAACAGAUUAUCAGAUAUAUUUACUACGGAUGGCUUUACUAUCAAUACUUACUGGAUGAUUGAACAAUUUACAAAGAAUGGCUGGUUCACAAAUAUACCAAAAUUAUUUUUUAUUGAUGCGUGUCGUGGAAGAAACAAUGAAUUUGGGUGGAAAUACUGUGAUGGUGGAAAUAAUUAUUUAAAGAAUGAUAUUCUCAUUAAGCCCCCGAUUGGAAUAUUUACUAACCACCAUUUUAGAGAUGUGUUUAUUGCAUAUGCCACACUUCCUGGUUGUACUUCAAAAUUUGAUCCAAUAGAAGGGUCAUGGUUUGUACAAAAAUUGUGUCAAGUUUUUCGGGAAAAAGCUUGUGAUACUGAUUUGUUUCAAAUGAUGCAAUUGGUGGACAUUGAAUUACAAAAACUAAACAGCAUCGAGCGUGGUUUUCAAACCGUAGAAUGGAUACUUAAAAAUGUCAACAAAUUUUUUUACUUUAACCCAGGCUUAUAUGAUGAUAAUUCAAAUUAUAAUUGAAACUUAUCAAUGAUUAAAACAGAAUAUAAUUUUAAAACUAUAAUUUAAUUAUUUUUUAAUAUCUAAUUUUUUAUUAAAGUAAUAUUAAUAUGAUAUUAUA